UAUCAUUGGGAGUCAUCGUCAUGGAGAGGAUAUAGAAGAAUGGAGCAGAUUUCCUUGACCCACGCCUGCUUCAUAUGGGGAUCUGUCGUGGAUCGGUCGUGCACUCUUAAUAUUGCUGCGGACAGGACGUAAAGUGCUGACAAUCUUGCCCACAGCAUCCACUCGUUGACAUUUUUUGUCAAGUACAUUCGUUCCAAAUUAUCCUGACAUAUUACGAUUUCGCAUAGCCGUCAAUUAUCGAAUUAUACCCGCUGUAGCUGUCAACCAACGGUCAAUCUGCCUGUCAAGAAGUUAAACCUUAAUUUUAAGUCAUCAUGCAUAAGGGGUCGUUAGUCGUAGCUGCUUUAGUGGCCGCUGCGUCGCUAGCAGGCGCCGAGCCGGAAAAUAGACCAAAGAUAUACUUCCCUAGACAUGUCAAGAGGCAGUAUACUAACCACACCAUUACGAGUUCGGCGUCGCAGAGUACCCAAAGCGAGUCGUCGUCGUCGGAUUUGAUAACUCAUUCCUCGACGAAGAAGGACACGAUUUCCGACUUAUUGUCGAGUCUUCUUGGUGGGUCUUUGGACUCAACUGAUUCUUCGACACUAACAAGCUCAUCGUCUACGUCCCCUACCUCGUCUACCUCAUCUUCAUCUACAUCGUCCCCGACUCGGAUUUCUUCCGUGACGGGUACAUCUCCCACGAGCGAAUCCGGAUCCCAGUCUCAGACUCAGUCCCAGUCGUCCCAGUCCCAGUCUGAAUCUCAGACCCAAUCCAAGGGUUCGUCUACUAAGACGAGCAGCAGCAGCAGCAGCACCGGCACCAGCGGUACCAGCAGCGGUAGUAGUAGUAGUAGCAGCAGCAGCAGCAGUGUGGGCUCUACUGGAGGGGUUCCACCGCUAAUUGUGUUACCAACACUUAGCUUAGAUCUCCCGACUCUAUUGCCGCCAGAGACCACAUCUUCUUCCGCCAACAAGACGGCGAUCACGUCCUCGACAGGAACAUUGACGGGGACGACUACUGCCGCUCCCACCACGACUGCUGAAUCUAAGAAUGAAUCAUCCACAAUUGAUACUAGUGCCCUACCCGUAACCGAAUCUACGAUCGAAGCCAACACGACAACGGUGCCGUCGUCUUCUUCGGGCAUUCUUAUAGCUCCUACGGGUGUCGUGACCCAAUCUUCUAGCAUUCCGACUUCUACGAGUUCAGAUGGCGGGCUUAUUGGUGGUAUAACCAGCGUUGUUGGUGGAGUUACAAGUGCCGUGGGUGAUGUUACGAGUGCCGUUCUUCCGGCGUCGACUGCCAACGCUACGGAGUCUGGCACAGGAGUGAGCACGAGCACGGGUACAGCUGCUUCUACCGGAAUUAGCGCGAGCAGUACAGACAGCGGGUUGCUACCAACCCUUCUGCCUACAUCUCUCUCUCUUUUCCCGACGACAUCAUUCCCUGGCACUGCUCCUACGGCCUCUGCCGCAUCCACUGCCUCUGCCGCCCCUACUGCCUCCGCAUCAAGCUCGGAAACUCCCCUCUUAUCGCUACCACCGAUCUUAGGUACGGGUUCGUCGACGGUUUCAGUCCCAACGUCGAUUAUUGGAAACACUACGGAAUCAACAACUGUUUCGUCAACUGGAUCCGGCAGCGUCAGCGUGCCAACCACAAUUGCCACUCCAGUUCCUAGUAACAGCACAACGAUAACUGACUCGAGUAGCCUACCAACUAUUACAUCUCCUACUGUGUCACCUAACUCUACGGUUUCGUCAACGGAUUCUCUCACCUCUGUGCCUACCUCCGUGCCCAGUUCUGUGCCUUCUACUGUGUCUACUAGUGUCUUCUCAGUUCCUCUCAAUACGACUGUUCCUCCGAUUACUAGUUCCCAGCCGACAACGACUAUCGAAACUUCUACAAGUUCAAGCGUUGAGUCUCCCAUUGUCAUUUCGACCAGCUCCUCUGUUACGCCUACGCCUACGCCUACGCCCACAACUACAUCGACGCCCAGGCCGUUUACUAGUGCCACUGCGAUAGCUACAAUUACGGAUUCUGAGUCUUGGCUCCCAACUACGAUCAUUGUCCAGCCAUCCACUAGCACUCCCAGCACUGACGUGACCCGUACCGCUACAGGAAUUCCAACGUCAUUACCAAAGGCCAUUACUCCUUCGACGAAGCCACCAGAGCAGCCCGAUGGCACAACGCUCAUCCAGAUCUCAUUCCUGUUCGGUGAGAAUUACCAGCACCUUGUGAACGAGCCCCUAGCUGCUUCCCAGAUGUUCGUGCUCCUCCCUCAAGGUCUUGCGUUCGGCGGUGGCUAUGAUAUCAGCAGGGUCAAAAUGUAUAGCAUUAGGCCUUACGACACUACUGCUCGCCUGGGCUACAUUACCUCGCAAGCCAUGGUCUACUAUCCCACUGAGGGCAUUGCCCAGCUUAGCAACGAUAUUGGAUACCCUACAACUCCUUUGUACAAUCACAAGAAUCCCCUAGUGAAGAAUUUGACGAGUGAGAUUAACCCGGCCAUUGGUAUCAUGCCAGGUGAUCUGCUUGAUGGUGUUCCCGGUUCUAGUGGAAGCAGUGGAGAUGGUUCAACCGACGCUGGUACUCCCAACAACAAUGACCCAUUUGAUACACAGGGUCCCAACGAGAAGACGACAAGCGCGCAACAGGGAAUGACCGCCGGUAUUGCUGUUGGUGCCGCUAGUGUUGCCGGUGCAUAUGGUGCUGCCAUGUUCAUCAUUGCCCGCCGCUACAAGCGAAAGAAGCAGAGGCACCAGCGAAGCAGCUCCGUAACCUUACCUUCCGAGAUGCGACAGAGCGGAAGUCCGGCUUUGAUGGGUGGUGCGUUGCUGAGUCGGGAUUUUACAAGCAAUCCGGGAUACGGUGGGGCUGGAGGAAUGAGCCAUCGUCCAUGACCUGCACAUCACAUCCGUUUUUAUUUUAUAGUUCGAUACCCAUCCAGGAGGCGUUGCCAAGCCACUGUGGGCGGCCUGCCUAAGGAGUUGCGAC